UAAUAGAUUAGAAAAAUACUUGAAACAUGUAUCGAUAAUUUUAAUUUUAAUUUACAAUUCAAACACAUUAAACAAAAACCAUCCAAAAUUGAUGAGAAAAAAUCUGGGCUUUCUAUAAGUAAAUAUAGGUUGUCGAAGACAUUCUGUUCGUAGAUCUGAGGAGUCACCUGCUUCACGCACGCGACAAGAAGAUCACUGUGAUCAAUCGGCGAAGAAAAACUUUCUCGACACAAUAGGGUGUCAUAUCGAAAGUACGAGAUCUGGAACAGUAAUUACCGAAAGAACAGCGAGUUGAUCAUUUGUUAACGUGACAGAUAUAGUAUAUAUAGUGUCCAACAUUUUUCUCAGUUCCUUUAACUUAAUUCUUUGACCAAUUUAAAUUUAAUUAAAAGAAUUAUUUUUUUUUUUUUUGUAAUUUUAAAUACCUUAUUAAUUAAUAUUUUUUAUUAUAAAUAAACAAUGAACUGCAUUUUGUUAAAAAAAAGAAUUUGUUUUAAUUUAAAUAAAGUUUAAUUUCUAAGGUCGUUAAGAGUUCGCCAUACAGAAGCAAUCUCUCUCCCGGCAUCUUUUUAGGGAAGAUUUUUAAAUUGAUGGGAAAAUAAGUAGACAGAAGAAAGUGCGGUGAACCUGGAACACCUUGUAUACCGUAGUACAAGCGUGCGAUGCUGCGUGUAAUCUAUUGACCGAGAGUAAAGCCGCGCUCUCUCGCACGGACGGAGAGGAGGAGCUCGCGUCUGGCCGACUUCUUCCUUCUCUCCGGUACGACACGCUUAUCCGCCAACCCGAUUGACGGUCCGGUUUUCUCGGUCACGGCUGCACGAGGGGGAGAUCCCGUGUUCCUACAUUAUCCCCACGUGGACCGCGCGGGGAGGCUCUUCGUCUCCUACCACCACGAGAGAGCUGACGUUUCGCGCCAGUUCAAAGAGCAGAUCGGCAGCAGGUGGAUUUGGCGAACGGUACCGAGAGAUCCUUCCAGAACGGAGGUCCUUCGAGUUUGACUUGUCAGUCGUCGGAAAAGGUUCCGCGAGCGCACGUGGUGAAGAAAAUCCUUCCGUCGAGUGUUUAAUGAAAUUGCUCCAUGAUGUGCUGACAGAGCAAUAAACAAUUGCAGUGAUAGUGACAGUGACAAGAUCAGUGUUAAUCGGUUGAUACUGAAACUGUUGAUGAGUCUUAGUGAUUUCUUAAGAUGAGGAUAGAACGGUCAUACUGGGUGCUGCUGGCAGUCGUGCUACUGUCCCCGAUCCAUGCCAAGAAGAAGAACAUCGAGAACGUCGACGAUGGCGAGAGAGCUCAGGAGAAGAUAUCAACAUCCCUCAAGCUCACCGAUGAGGAUCCCAAGAACAAAACGAGCAAAGUACAAGAAGUAGCAUCCGAGAAGACGCCGGAGAAGAAGGAAAAAAUCGACGAGCCACCCGAGGAAGUUGGAUCCCCUCUCGAAGGUGGAAGCAGACAGAACGCGAGCAGGGACUUGAUACUACCGGUCAGCAUGGACAUAGCGAAGAUCAUAACCAACGACGACGAUUCCGACUCCGAGGAGAGCGACGAGGACGAGAUUCCCGAGGCGUUACCCGAAGCCCAAGAGCUGCGGCUGGUGAGAGCCCAAGAACGACGGAGACCCGUGUUCGUCAAACCACUGCGGCCCGUGAGGCCGUCUCUCCCGAACAGGAGGAACGUUUAUACCGGUUUAUCGAGGCCGGCCGUCACGCGGCCGUCUAAACGGCCGAGCGAGUCAAAGAGGAGGCCCACGGAAAAUGAAUGCACUUUCUUCACGAAGACGGUGUGUCUCGAGGCCAACGAUUAUCCGCACGAGGCGAUAAUAAGAAGUUUAAGGUCCAAUAAGGAAAUGGUAUCCGCAUUGUUGACUGAUUACAAGGCGCAAGACGGAAGCGCGGAAGAAAAAUUACCGGCCGCCCUACCGUUGGAGAAUAAAUAUGAGAACAGAUACGAGAGCAAUGAAAUUAAAAGACGAUCUGACAAUCCUCUCGAUAACGUGGAGGAGGGUUUCACUUGUCCGUCAACUGUCAAAUAUGCUCGCCCGCAAUUAGCGAGAGCUGCUUCUGGAGUAUGGAAGUAUAUAAUAAAUACAGGUGAACACACCCAGACGAUACGACUGGAGAAAUGCUCGACUCAGUCAAGUUGCUCGUUUAUCUCCGAAAACUAUCGUUCCUCCUGCGUGCAAAUCUACAAUUACCAUAGAUUGUUGACCUGGGAUCAGAAACUGGGACUUCACAUGGACAUAUUUAAAGUGCCGACCUGCUGCAGCUGCCACGUGCACGGCUACGCCGAGAUCUUUCCGCCCCAUCAAAAGGAUCCCCCGAUAAAGCCCAAGGAGUCGUUCCCGGGCGCGGAUUUCGCGACGAUCAACGAUCAGAAGGACGAUUUUCAGGAUCUCAUCAAACCGUCGGUCGUCCUUAAUCACAUUUCCAAGUAUACUCCCACUUUGAGCUACGACUCCAACCACGGUACUUUACCUCAGAAUUACUCACCGUUGUCCGCAACAUUGCACGCCCUCAGCAAAUAUCUCUCGUUUCCUUCAGUAUCCAGCAACAAGAAACCGGUAUUGGAGAUCAGCCCGACAAGUAGGCCCAGCUUUACCCUGCCUACUAGAACUAGACCGAAGAAGCCCUCGCCGAUCCCGCGCCCGUACGACAAAUUGCCGCAACAACAUGCGCCCAACACACGAGCGCCGGGCUAUAAAGGCCCGUUGAUUACCAAGAGCAGCAGGCCUAACCGAAUCAACAGGCCACCUUUCAGACGAGAAUCCACCUCCCACGAGGAUUACACGGAAACUUCUCGUAACAUCACGGCCAACAAUCGAUACAGUCAGCCGUACGAUUUGGACAUGGAUGCCACGUCGAGAUUACAGAACGGAGGCUUUGACGACGAGUACCAGGAGCCGCAGAGGAGAAUCAACUAUAACUAUCACCCAAUCAUAGACUUUUUCAAGCCGGAGGCUUCCAUGCUGCAGGCUUCCACGGAACCGCAACCAGCCACCCAGCCGGCACUGGUCCAGAGCGACAAUAACGCGUGGAAACCGAUGAUAUCUUAGACCGUAGUGUUCUUUCUUCGGAGUACCUGACAUUCUACUUUAAUAAAAAUUCCAAAUCACGUA